GCACGGAUCGCUGUCUGCACCAACACCCAGCGCCGACUCCCCACCUCGUCGAGCUAGUCUCGUGUCGUGUCGUGUCGUGCGUGGCCCACUUGGCUCGCCGCCAGCCAGGUCAGCAGCACGCCGCGACGAUGAGCUCCGGCGGGACGCCGCCCGUGGGGCUGGCACCGGUGGACGGCAACUCCGGCGGCAUGUUCAGCACCGACCGCAUCGGCGGCUUCGGCUACGGCGUCGGCGUCUCCGUCGGCAUCCUCCUGCUCAUCACCACCAUCACGCUCGCCUCCUACUUCUGCACCCGGGCGCCCGUCGACGCGGCGGGGGAGGCUGCUGCUGCCGCCGCCGCCCCGUCGUCGUCCCGGCGCCACGGCGGCGGCGGCGGCGGCGGCGAAGGGGCGCAGGCGCACGACGUCGAGCUCGGCAUCGACGAGGACACGCUCAAAGGGUACCCAGAGGUGGUGUACGAGAAGGAGGCCAAGGCCGCCGCCGCCAACAAGAAGGGCACCACGUGCACGUGCUGCUCCAUCUGCCUCGACAACUACGGCGACGGCGAGGUGCUCCGGAUGCUGCCCGACUGCGGCCACCUGUUCCACCGCGAGUGCGUCGACCCGUGGCUCCGCUACCACCCGACGUGCCCCGUGUGCCGGACGUCGCCGGUGCCGAGCCCCAUGCCGACGCCGCUCGCCGAGGUCACGCCGCUGGCGAUGGCCGGUAUGUCGAUGUCGUCGUGACAACGGCACGGACCGGGUUCUUUUCUCCUCCUCUUCUUCUUCUUCUAAAAAUUCUUCCUUUUCUUGCCCUUACUGCUAAAACAUGGAAUCGACGAAAAUGUUCAGGGCACUAGGAAUUAGAAUAUAUUUUUUUUCUCAGGUGUAAUUGUAAAUUUGGGAUGGGCUCAGGCGCUCAGCGUAUUUUCCAUUUCUCCUUGAUGAAAAAGCAAAGCUUGAAUUAGGAUUAUCUAGGGCGAUUGCAAACGUUUUGGCGGAUCUUCAAAUUAUAUGGAACCGCGAUUUCUGUUUUGGCAAA